GUCGCUGUCCCCGCCGCGUCCCCGCCUCCCGCCCGUCCCCGCCGCUUGCCCCGCUCUCUGACUCCGCGGCUUGGGCGCUCCGGUUCGCUUGCUUGCUUCUGGGGCGGGUCCUUCGCGGCGGCGCUGAGGCGAUGGCCACAAGGAUCGACAAAGAGGCUUGCCGGGCAGCGUACAACCUGGUGCGCGACGACGGCUCGGCCGUCAUCUGGGUGACUUUUAAAUACGACGGCGCCACCAUCGUCCCCGGAGACCAGGGAGCAGAGUAUCAAGACUUCAUCCAGCAGUGUACAGAUGAUGUCCGGUUGUUCGCCUUUGUGCGCUUUACCACUGGGGAUGCCAUGAGCAAGAGGUCCAAGUUUGCCCUCAUUACAUGGAUCGGCGAGAAUGUCAGCGGGCUGCAGCGAGCCAAAACCGGCACAGACAAGACCUUGGUGAAGGAGGUGGUACAGAACUUCGCUAAAGAAUUUGUGAUCAGUGAUCGGAAGGAGCUGGAGGAAGACUUCAUCAAGAGUGAGCUGAAGAAAGCUGGGGGAGCCAAUUAUGAUGCUCAGACAGAGUAACCCCUGCCCUCCCCCUGCCCCUGGCCAAACUCAUUUGCCUGCUCCCCGGGGGAGGGGCCCCCCUGGCCCAGCUACCAGCCCACCAGCCCACCAGGGAGAAGAGAAGCGACGAGAGGCAACACCGCCACCCUGUGUCUGCAACCCAGUCCCCUUUCUUGCCUCCCUCAUGAACCCUGUUGUCUUCUAUCUCCUGAUGCUCAUGGAACAUCUUUCUUUUACUUUCUUCUUCCUUUUCCCCCUUUUUUGUUCUAAAGAAAAAUCGUUUUGAUGCCAAGGUCACACAUGUCAUCAGAUUUGAGGUACCUCCUGUAGUGACCACUUUUCCUGACAUUUCUCUUGCCUGGCCUGAGCCACCAUGACCUCACGUUGCUAAUAGAACCUGUGCUGCCAUCUUGGUUUUCUUCCAUGCCCUCCUGUUUACUCAUAAGGAGGCAGCUGUCCCAGGAGCACUGUUGGUCCACUUUAGCCUUUGUAAGAACACACACAUAUCCCGGCUUGGACCUCCUAGAAUGUGCUCCAGGGUCCCUCACCCCUAUUCCAAUCAAACCUGUGCCGCUAUCUUCGUUUUCUGGUAUGCCCUCCUGUUUACUGUUAAGGAGGCAGCUGUCCCAGGAGCACUGUUGGUCCACUUUAGCCUUUGUAAGACCACACACAUAUCCUGGCCUGGACCUCCUAGAAUGUGCUCCAGGGUCCCUAACCCCCAUCCCAAUCAAACCUUUGCUGUCAUCUUGGUUUUCUGCCAUGCCCUCCUAUUUACUGUGAAGGAGGCAGCUGUCUCAGGAGGAGUGCUGUCUACUUCAGCCUUUGUAAGAACACACAUGUAUCCUGGCUUGGACCUCCUAGAAUGUGCUCCAGGGUCUCUCACUCCCACCGCUGUCAAAGUUGCCUAAGCGACAUGUCCGACAGAGAUGGGGACAAGUCUAGGUCUGACUCAGACCAAAUAAGAAGAGAUAAAAUUUGCCUUAAAACUUGGCUUGGCAGUGGCUUUGCCAGGUGGUCUGGAACCACCUGUCCCCAUCCUUUUGGUUGAAAUCUCAUUGUGGCAUGAAGAGAGGGCAGAGGUCUGAGUCCCAGGAUUUGGCAGGAAGAGGUUAACUUCAGGGGCUCCCAAAGUGACCAGGACGUUAGGGACAGAGGCCCACAUGGGGAAUGGGAAUGUACGCGGAACUAGGAACUGGUCCUCACAUUCAGCAGGGCCCUCUGCAGACCUGAGGAUGCUUGGGCCCACAGGCCUGCUCUGCCUGUUUUGCUGCAUCUUGAGCGGAAGCUCUGGCACUCACGGGGACCCCGGCGUCUGUGGUUUCAAUCAUCUGUACCACACAUUCAAAAGGAUUUUUUUUUUUAAAAAAAAAAAGAAAGAUGAGAUUGGCUUGGUUCUUCAUGAGCACAUUUUAUGUAGAUCUUUUUCUUUCUUUUCUUUGCUCAUUUCGUUUAGGGGGAGGACGUCUGUACUGUAUUGGGGUUGUGAAGAACAUCUGUGCUCAAACAGUUUACAGAAAUAAAUGUGUUUUUUUUUUUCUUUUU